AUGGCUGCAACAAACCAAGGCUUUGCAACAGGCGCAGACCGCGAUGCUGCCGAGCUGAGGAGAAGAGCAGGCGCUCCGGCACAGAACGGUGCUGUCCAACAGCAGCAGCAGCAGCAGCAGCCCGUCAUUGAUGACCAGAAGAAGCAGCAGGCAAAGAGCAUUGUAAAUGUCAUCGACGACUGGGAGCCCAUCUUCGCACCCCUUCUUUUCACCGCACUCGCCUUCUUCACCCGCUUGUGGAAGAUCGGUCUUUCGCCCAUUGUCACCUGGGACGAGGCGCAUUUCGGCAAGUUCGGAUCGCAUUACUUGCAACGCGAAUUCUACUUCGAUGUGCACCCUCCGCUGGGAAAGAUGCUGGUUGGCCUUUCGGGCUACCUGGCCGGAUACAACGGUACCUUCGAGUUCAAGUCUGGCGAGACUUACCCUGAGGAGAUCAACUACGUCUUCAUGCGCCAGUUCAACGCAGCAUUCGGAGCUCUGUGCAUCCCUCUGGCCUACUACACUGCAAAGGAGCUCAACUUCCGCAAGACCACCGCCUGGUUCGUCACCAUGAUGGUUCUGUUUGAGAACUCGUACGCCACCAUCAGUCGCUUCAUCCUGCUCGACUCUAUGCUUCUCUUCUUCACCUUCACCACUGUUCUCUGCUGGGCCCGUUUCCACAGACUCCAGAAGCAGCCCUUCUCUGCCCAGUGGCUCCUGUGGCUGACCCUCAGCGGUCUCUCCAUCGGCUGCGUAUGCAGUGUCAAGUGGGUCGGCAUGUUCGGAACUGCUUUGGUUGGUCUCUACACCAUUGAGGAUCUGUGGAACAAGUUUGGCGAUCUCAAGAUGCCCAAGACCGAGCUCGCUGCUCACCUCGGCUUCCGCGUUGUCGGCUUGAUCGUCAUUCCCAUGAUUGUCUACAUGUUCUCCUUCUACCUCCACUUCCUGAUCCUCGAGAACAGCGGCCCCGGUGAUGCCCAGAUGAGCUCUCUCUUCCAGGCCAACCUCAAGGGUACCGAAGUUGGAGUCGACAGCCCUCUCGAGGUCGCUCUUGGCUCCCGUGCCACUCUCAAGAACAUGGGUUACGGCGGUGGUCUUUUGCACUCGCACGUCCAGACCUUCCCCGAAGGCUCGCAGCAACAGCAGAUCACCUGCUACCACCACAAGGAUGCCAACAACGACUGGUUCUUCUACCCCAACCGCCACGAGCCCGAGUUCGAUGCCGACGCUCCUCUCAAGUUUGUCGGAGACGGCGAUGUCAUCCGUUUGAUCCACGCCCAGACUGGCCGCAACUUGCACUCUCACUCCAUCGCUGCUCCUGUCACCAAGGCUGACUACGAAGUUUCCUGCUACGGCAACACCACUGUUGGUGACACCAAGGAUCACUGGGUCGUUGAAGUCGUUAACGACGCUUCCUCGCGCGACUACUCCAAGGUCCGCACUCUGACCACCGCUUUCCGUCUCAAGCACGUCGACCUCAACUGCUACCUUCGUGCUGGCAACGUCAACCUGCCUCAAUGGGGUUUCAAGCAAAUUGAGACAACCUGUGUCAAGGAGAACCACCCUCGUGAUGUCUUCACUCACUGGAACGUCGAGUCCCACUGGAACGACAAGCUUCCCGCCGCCGACACUGGUGCCUACAAAUCUCCUUUCCUCCGCGAUUUCAUCCACCUGAACGUUGCCAUGAUGACUUCCAACAACGCACUUGUUCCUGACCCCGACAAGCAGGACGACUUGGCUUCUGCUCCUUGGCAGUGGCCUCUUCUCAAUGUCGGUCUCCGCAUGUGCGGCUGGGACGACCACAUUGUCAAGUACUUCCUUCUCGGAAACCCCUUUGUUUACUGGGCCAGUACCGCUUCCAUUCCCUUCUUCGGUCUCCUUUUCGUCUAUUACCUCAUCCGCUGGCAGCGCGGCUACAACGAGCUGUCUCAAAGAGACAUUGAUCAGAUCCACUACUCUGGUAUCUACCCCGUCAUUGGAUGGGCUCUGCACUACGCACCUUUCAUGGCCAUGGGCCGUGUUACUUACGUCCACCACUACUACCCUGCUCUCUACUUCGCUAUCCUCUCUCUCGCUUUCUGCACCGACUGGGUUACUAGCCGUUUCCCUCGUGCUCUGCAGUACGGCGUCUACGCAGUCCUCUACACUGUUGUCAUUGGUCUGUUCUGGACAUUCAGAGCCAUCACCUUCGGCAUGGAGGGUAGCCACACCCAAUGGGCUCACCUCAAGUGGCUCGACUCAUGGCGCAUGACCGAUUAG